AUGGACAGCAAUCCGAUCAACAUCCAGCAAUCCGAAUUAAGCAUAGCAAUAGACAGUGCAUUCGACAGCCGCAUGAAGACAGGCGCAACAAUAUAUGUGGAUGAAAAGCUGCGCAUUCCUCUCUUUGAUGAGCUAGCCAGAGGCGAUGAGCUGUCGUCAAUCAAGCAGUUGGCUCGCAUUUGCUCGUUGCCAGGCCUUGUGGGAAACGUCGUAGGCCUUCCUGACAUUCACACAGGAUAUGGCUUUCCAAUUGGGUCUGUUGCUGCAUUUGACAUAAACAAUCCUGAGUCGGUGGUGAGCCCAGGCGGUGUUGGAUACGACAUCAACUGUGGCGUAAGAGCGUUGAGAGCCAACAUCGACCUGAAGGAGUUCAGUGAGCAUGCUGAGAAACUUGCGGACGAACUUUUUGAUGCAUUGCCAACGGGUAUAGGCGGCGACAAGCGAUCCUGCAUAGGUCUUUGCGAGCUCAACUCGAUCCUUGAUAAUGGACUGGGCCAUUUGCUCAGGUCAAAGAUAAUAUCUGAUGAGGAUGUGGAGUAUUGCGAAAGCAACGGGCACAUGCCAGGAAGCAGUGCUCUUGUGUGCCAGAAGGCAAAGGGCCGCGGCAUAAACCAAUUUGGAUCGCUUGGAUCAGGUAAUCACUAUCUUGAAGUCCAAUAUGUUGAUGAGGUGUAUGACGAAGGCAAGGCAGAGCUUUUGGGACUGAGAAAGAACCAGAUUGUCGUCAUGAUACAUUCUGGAAGCAGAGGCGUUGGCCAUGGUGUGUGCCAUGAUGCACUGAUGAAGAUGGCAGCAAGGCAUGGCGUGGCAGACCCGAUGAUGUGCUCACAGUACGAAUCGAAGGAGGCGCAAGACUACCUGGCAGCCAUGGGCAGUGCAGCAAACUUUGCAUUUGCAAAUCGUGCAAGCAUAACAGAAAAGGCAAGAAAAGCAUUUGAAAGGGUGUUUCCAAAGGCCAGGCUUGAGCUGGUGUACGAUGUAUGCCACAACAUUGCAAAGGAGGAGGCACACUUUGUAGAAGGCAAAGAAUUUGAUGUGCUUGUGCAUAGAAAAGGCGCAUCCAGAGCGUUUCCGCCAUACCACAGAGAUAUUCCAUGGAAAUACAGGGAGAUAGGCCAGCCUGUAAUGGUGGGUGGAUCAAUGGGCACAUUCAGCUACAUACUGUGCGGUGCCGAAAAAGCCAUGCAGCUGAGCUUUGGAUCCACAUGCCAUGGCGCAGGAAGGCUGCUGGCAAGAAAUACGUCUAAGAAAGCAUUUACCUACGAGGAUGUAUGUUCAGCACUGAGGAUGCAGAACAUAGUGUUUCGAUGCCCAAACAGAGCAGGAAUGGCUGAGGAGGCACCUGACUCGUACAAGGAUGUAAACAGGGUUGUUGAGAUAAGCGAUAGGGUUGGAUUAACACAAAUGGUUUGCCGUCUAAAACCCUGUCUUGUAAUCAAAGGAUAG